AUGGAGAAAUCUCUGCAAGAAAUGUAUCCAGAAAAUGAUUAUAUUUUGCAAUUUCCAGAAAUGAAAGUGCCAGACUUUAUACUUGAUGAUGAAUGGAUUGUGCCAGCUGAACUCAUGGAGAUGAUUAAUAUAAAUGAUUUACCAGUAGUUAGUGAAGGCAGGGAGAAGACAAUAUGGACUGGUACUAUCACUGGUCAAUUCAUAGUAGCAUCAACAAUGGAAGUCAUAAGGCAAAAACUCCCUUCUCUACAUUGGACUAAAAAGGUAUGGCACAAAUUUAUACAUCCCAGUAUAUCUAGCAAUGUUUGGAAACUAGCUAGAAAUAUUUGUGCAACAGAUGAUAAUAUGAAGAAGAGAAAGUUCAAUAUGGUAUCAAGAUGCAUAUUAUGUAGAAAGGAGGAGGAAACAAGAGACCAUAUUCUUUGGUACUGCAACUACAGUGAGAUCAUUUGGAGCUGGCUUGGUGGUAUUUUCAAUUUUAAAAAUCCAAGAUCAUUUGAAGAUAUCCUUCAGUUGGCAAAAAAUAAGAGUCUUGCUAUAAAAGAAAUAUGGAUAUUGAGUGCAUUUAUAACUAUGAAGGAACUCUGGUUUUUGAGAAAUGAUUGUACCUUUGGGAAAGGUAAAUGUGAUCAGAAGGUCACUAAGGAAAAAAUAACAAAAGCAAUAUCAGAUAGUGAUCUCAGAUUGACAGCAAAAAUGUGGAACAAACAGUAUGAUUUACAGGUACUCAAGUUUUUUGGUUUGAAGACAAGGGGUGUGAAGAAUCUGAUCAUUAAAGAAGUCUUUUUCCAGCUACCGGAACAUGGGAAAUUACUUCUCUGCUAUGAUGGAGCCUCUAGAGGAAACCCAGGUUGUGUUGUCUAUGGGAUAGUGGUAAGAAUUAACACUGGAGAUUUUGUAAUUCCUAUUUCAGGUGGUCUGGGCAUUUCUACUAACUAUUAUGCAGAAAUUUUUGCAAUCUUAAUGGCAGGAGAAUGGGCAAUUCAUCAUGUAUUCAAGGACCUUGUCUUCAGAACAGAUUCCAAAGAUGUCAUAAGUGCUUUCCAGAGUAAUAAACUUCCAUGGUUUGUAGUCACAAGAUGGGGAAAGAUCUGUGCAGUUGUAAUUGCUUGGAGUUUUAAACAUAGCUACAAAGAAGUCAACUUCUCUGCAGAUACAAUGGCAAAGAGGGGUGCAAGGUUAAGAAGAGGAGAACAGAGAAUUUUUGGAAGUAAACCAUCAUUUCUGAGCUAUCUAGAAAAUACAGAUCAAGUGUAUUUUAGAUUUUGUUAG